AUGGUAAAUGACACCGUCUUUAAUCAAUCAUCGAUGAGAACAUUAAGCACCAAAGAGAAGCAUGAGUAUAUUGACGCCGUCAAGUGCCUUGCGACGAAACCAUCGCAGACUGGAAACAUCUACGCUGGUGCUAAGUCCCGUUACGACGACUUUCAAGGCUUCUUCCAAGCGUAA